CGGCGGUCAGGAGUCAUAAGCGACGGGUGUACGCUCUCUCUCUCCCUGCCGCCCGUUAAUGACUCUUGUCGAUUAUACGUGAUAAUACUCGCUCUCGCGUCUAUUAUAGAUCCCAUCGCGUGCGUUUGUGAUCCACGAGUCUAUAGUGUCUAUUCCUGUGACUGCUCGCGGCGAGGGGAUAAUAAUUAACGAACAUUUAGUUAUUUUAACUUGGUUUAUAUCCGUCACUGGUGGAGAGACGAUGUACGUUCACGUGUACGCCGUUCAUGUUGUGCUUUACGCGUUCUUGUGGUUGGUUCGUGCUGACGACUUCGAGUUGACGAUCCUGCACGUGAACGACGUCCACGCCCGGUUUGAAGAGACUAAUGUGUACUCCGGGAGAUGCACUCCAGAGGACAAGGCCAAGAACAAGUGCUUCGGAGGCUUUGCCAGGUUGAAGACGGCCGUGAAGCAGGAACGGGAGAAGAGUCCCAAUGUCCUCUAUCUCUCGGCUGGGGAUUAUUUCCAAGGCACCAUCUGGUACUCAGUCCUCAAGUGGCAUGCGUUGGCCGACAUUCUCAACCUCGUUCCCAAUGAUGCUAUGUCCUUCGGCAACCACGAGUUUGACGAUGGCGUGAGCGGUAUCGAGCCCUUCCUGGAGGUCAUCAAGUUUCCAGUGCUGGCAGCCAACAUCGACGACACCUACGAGAAGUCCUUCCAGGGGAAGUACAAUAAGUCGACAGUCUUCACCAUGGGAGCACACAAAGUUGGAGUGGUGGGUUACCUCACCACAGAGACAAUGACUAUAGCGAGCCCCGGGAAGCUAAUCAUCACAGACGAGGCCAAGGCGGUGCGCGCGGAGGCCAGGAGACUGAAAGCGGCGGGUGUCGACAUUAUCAUCGCUCUGGGACACUCGGGCUACAGGAAGGACCUGGAGAUCGCCAAGGAAGUAGAAGAGGUGGAUGCUGUGGUCGGCGGCCACACCAAUACGUUCCUCUACACUGGUGAAAACCCAUCGACGGAGCCGAAGGUGGGAGAGUACCCAACGAUCGUGACCCAGGGGUCGGGGAAGAGGGUCCCCGUGGUACAGGCCUACGCUUUUGGCAAGUAUCUGGGCAAACUGGUCCUCACCUUUAACCAUAAGGGAGACGUGAUCGCCUGGCGAGGCAACCCCAUCCUCUUGGACAACACCAUUGAGCAAGACCAAGAGAUCCUGGAGGCGAUGGUGCAGUACAAGGAGAGGAUCAACCUGACCAUGUCUGAGAAUGUAGGCAAGUCGUACGUCUUCCUGGACGGCAACAGACUCUCCUGCAGGAUGAGGGAGUGCAACAUGGGCAACCUCCAGACCGACGCCAUCAUUCACAUAAACACCAAAUUCCCAGACGACAAGCGGUGGGCCAAGACCAGCCUGGCGGUCCAGAAUGGUGGGGGUAUCAGAGCGUCUAUCGACGAGCGAGCCUCCAAUGGCGUGAUCACCAUGGAAGAUAUACUUACUGUAGCGCCAUUCCAGAAUACCAUAGACAUCGUUGAGCUUAAGGGCAAGCACGUCAUGGAAAUGUUUGAGCAUUCUGUGUCUCAGUACGACCCUCAAGCGCUCACUCACCCUGGUGGAUUUUUGCAAGUCUCCGGCUUCGUGGUGGUGUACGACGUCAACCUCCCGCCGGGGUCGAGGGUGGUGAGGCUACAGGCUCGCUGUCAGGAGUGCCGAGUACCGGAGUUCCAGGACGUGAAGGACGACGCCAUCUACAGCGUCGCCAUGCCCUCCUUCCUGGCCAAAGGUGGCGACGGUUUCUCCGUCAUUAAAAACAAUAAGAUCAACCACCAUUUGACUGGUCUACUGGACACAGAUAUCUUCCUAGAAUACAUCAAGCAAAUGAGUCCGCUUUAUCAAGGCUUGGAGAACCGUAUCCUGUUUGUGGACUCGACGGACCUAUGCCCUGCUAUGCCCACUCGCACCCUCCCCUCAAAGACACCAGCCUACACCCUCCCUCGUGACAACGCCUCACGCUCUGCUGGGGGUGGAGGUGCAUCCCUAGCGACGCAGGGCGCGGCCCUCCUGCUGGUGGUGACUGCGGCGGUAUCUGUGGUGGUGAUGGGGGAAAGAAUGGUAUAGUUUAAUGGGUGUGCUAGCAGCCCUUGGAAAUAGUUAAAUAAAUAUUUGAAAUAGUGCGGGAGUUUGAAGCUUGUUAUAAGGUGAAAAAGGCAAAGGACGGAAUUUGGUGUAGGGAUGAAAAUUCGCCUCUUUCAAGGCCAUUACGAUGCCUUACGACAGCAUUAGUGUUAUGGAGAGUGGUUUAAGAUGCCAUAAAGGCAUUCUGGAAGUAUUGUCACUGUGCAGACUUGGUGGUGUUUACCUCCGACCUCCAUUAAACUUUAGAUCCAACGUCGGACUCACUUUCGAAAAUUGGCUUCUGGUGCUGUUUUUUUUCUGGUAUCAGCGUCACUACUUAAUAUUAUCAGUAUUAAUAUGGAGUAUCAAUGGGUGAUUGUUG